AUGUCCGCUCGAACAGACGCAGAAGCAGAGCAGAAUCAGCUCUCCAGUGGGAUCACGCCCGAUACCCUCGAAACGACACUACGCGACAAAUUGGAAGCGAGCCACGUCGACAUCGCAGAUCUGUCAGGUACGAUCUGAUAAAGCUACCACCUCCCGUCGAUUCCAUGCACUGACAUAUCUUGUCUGUUCUUUCAGGGGGUUGCGGCCAAAUGUUCGAAGCCAUCAUCGUGUCUCCACAAUUCGCGAAAAAGACGACGCUGGCAAGACAUCGGUUGGUGAAUAAUACUUUGAAAGAGGAGAUCGCCGCGAUACAUGCUUGGACACCCAAGUGCUUUACGCCUGAAGAGUGGGAGAAGAAGAAAGGCGGUAGUUGA